UUUCGUUUCAUUCCGCGGUUGCCUAGAGUUGAGUAGUGGCUACUUGUUAUUUUUCGAUCGCUGAAUACUGCAAAUUGCCGGUGAUCCGUUAGCAAAUUUUACGUUUCCCGCGUAAGUCGAAUAAGCUUUUCAUUUUUUGCACAGUUCGGCGACAAUACAUUGCAAUUCGCAACUAGAACCAAGUACCAAGGAGUAAAAACACAACAUGACCACUCAACAGUCUUUGAUCCCUCCAGUCGUUUGGGCACAACGUAAUGAUGUUGUAUAUGUUACCUUUUGUGUAGAUGAUUGUAUAAAUCCAGACAUUAAAAUUGAAACUGAACAGAUAGUUUUCCAUAGUGUUGCUGGCUUGGAACAGAAAGUAUAUGAUAUUACCAUACCAUUAUAUGGAGCAAUAGAACCUGAAAUUAGCAAAACAAUAGUUGGUGGUAGAUACAUUGAACUGAUUUUGAGAAAGCCAACUACUGACACGAAAUAUUGGCCACAAUUAACCAAAGAGAAAAAGAAAUACCACUGGUUAAAAGUUGAUUUUAAGAAAUGGAAAGAUGAAGAUGAUUCAGAAGAUGAAGCUGCAGCAGGUGGUGGUGGAGGAUUGGGUGGAGAUGGUAACAUUGACGAUAUGCUCAAUAUGAUGGGCGGUGGUGGCGGCGCCCCUAAGUUUGGUGGUUUAGGAGGAGGCUUGGGAGGAGACUACAAUAUACCUUCUGAUGAAGAUUCUGACGAUGAAGAAAUGCCUGAACUUGAUGACAUUGAAAGUGAUACUGCGGGCAAAGGCAAAGAGAAGAGUGAAGAAACCCUGCCUAACCUUGAAGAAGUAAAACCGAAAACAACCGCCUAAUCUACUAUUGUCAUUAUCUCAUUCUUCCGAAUUUUUGUUCACAUAAUAAUACGGUUUAAUUUAAAUGAUUUUGUAUGUGUAAUUUUUACAUCAAUCAAACAUAAUUUAUGCUCUAGUGUGUGCAUUAACAUUUUUCAUUCAGUUUAAUGCCUAUUAUAGUUCACUCUGCCUGAUUUAUUUGUGAAAAUAUGGUUGAAACUUGAAUUUUCUUCGUCCCAUUCCUUUUUGCACCCCUAGAUGAAAACUCCUGUAAUUUUGUCAUAUAAUUUUUUUUAUUUGUUGAAUGAUAAUUCCUUCAAUUCCUAUAGAAAAUCAAUUUACAGAAAGGCAUUUUAGUAAUGAAUACUUUUUAAUGUCACCUAACUUUAUAUUGUUUCAUUAAACAUUGAUAAUGAAAAUUAAAAUUAAUGCAUUCUGUUUU